UUGCCCUUAUUAGAGGCUGUGCUCUACACUGACGGGGACUCCAGACUUGAAGUUGAAAGCAAUGAUUAUUAUGGGGGAUACAUUGUCACCAUUUACAAAACAAACCCAGAAGAAAAUACUAACGAUGUGGCAAAAAUAGUCAAGGAUCCAGGUGAACGCGAGAAAAUUGUAGAAGAACUGGGUCACAUGACAAGUGUUCUUGUGCAAAUUACCUUUGUCGUAGCAGCCAUUAUUUCCAAGAGAUUUCGUAGCUUCCUUGCUCUGCUGGGACCCACUCUAGGUUUAUCUGCAGGUCAGUCGUUUCUCGCAGCUGAGCUGACGAGUGUGGCCGUUCAUGGACCAGUUCGGGGACUGGCCACAAACCUCAAGGCAGCAGGAGCGUCACUCACCUGUUUGAUGAAGUUGUCUGCUAAUAUUACUAAAGACGCAAACAAACUGCUUAAACCAAGUGGAAAGCAGCCCACAACAGAUGAAAGUGAGGAGGAGGAAGACCCAGACGAACUAGAUGGCGGAAGACCAAGACCUCUUGGAAAUAACAGUACCACGUUUAAUGCGACACAUGUGAACGUAACGAAGACCGAAAAGAGACAAUUGAGUUUAAUUUACUCUAAUCCACUAUCACAUUUUAUUGCAAAGUUGUUAAGGGAUCCUGAAGCAACAAAGCCUCCGGUCACACCUCAGGGGACUGCGAAUCAAACGGCAGAGACAAAUCAAGCAACAGCUGACGUUGCAGCUGCUAAUGACGGAGUUAGUGAAGCAUUCCAGCGUCACUUGGCUGAGAUGGACACCUCGGAAAAGGAGCGAAUGCGUGUUCGUAAAAAGAUAAUGCAAGCCAAAAUUGACGCUGCUUUUCAAAACCUUAAACUUGGGACAAACGAUAGUGCUGGCAUUAAGACUGCUGUAGCACUGGGACACAAGAUAGACGCCAAUAUGCGUCGACGUCUUGUGAAAGCCUGCAUGGCUAUGCAGCAGGCUCAGACUGAACAAUGUAACAAAGGCGCCGUAACGGCGUGCUAUCGCAUCCAAACUGCGGCGUAUUUAUCAACAGGUCUUCCACUCAUCAUCGGUCCCUGGUGCUCCUCACAAGUUACCAAAGGUACUGCCUGUCCCACCAGUGAAGCUUUGUCUAAAGCCAAAAGCCAGUGUGACAACGGGGGCUAUAACAUCGGGCUAAAGGAUGGAUUUGGAGCUCAAUUUGCUGUAGCUCAAUCGGGUUUGCAACAAUUUGCCGAAAGUUUCCAAGUUGCUACGGGGUAUAAAAAGUUGAAGAGCGCAGCCGAACAAGCAAGCGCCUUGUACCACGAUACAGAGGAUGCUAUUGAGCAGCUAACAUAUUUAACAAUUGACGCUACGAAUGCAAUAUUUGCCCUUGUUCUCCUCGCAUCCACUCUGUUGAAACUGCUGUUUGUUAAACUAUUACUGAAAACUCAGGGAUACAUAUCAAAUUAUCUUGUAGACAUGGAUUUUGACAACAUAUACGUGGAAGACGUUUAUGAGGCAAUAGACGAAAGACGGAGGAAACAGUCUAGAAUGUAUCUGCUUCCACUAAAGAUUCACGAAAGGAAGGCAGUUUUCUGGCGUAAGCGGGGCUACACAGGAGCGGAACUGAUUCGAGCGAUAAAGGAUGUGAUUAAAGCCUCAGUUCUUGGAAUCGGCUUAACGUUGCUCUUUGCAGCUGACGGAUAUCUACAUAGUUUAAUGACAGUUCUUGAUGUCGUCACUCAAGGCGAUCUCAGGCUAGGCGGGAGUAGUGGAAAAUCGGACACGGGUGCAGCCGCUAUGUACCUAGCUGGAGAUGGUUUUGCGGCAGAAGUUUUAAAAGGUAUUAUAGAUGGCUUUAAAAACAUGAUGAAUAUUGAUCUUAGCUACAAACUGAGUUCGUGUGCCCCAAAUGUUAUCAUGUCUUCUCACAAUGUCAAGUUCCGAUUUGGACUGUUGUGGGCAGUAUUACUCAUCCUAGCAGCAUUUUCCGGAUUUUUGCUUCGGUUUCGGCAUGUGCUAAUGGGUUUCUUCUACCCUUGCGCCCAUCGAAGACGACAAAUGCAUUUGUACAAUACAAUGCUAGCCAACAGGGCAAGAGAUCUGAGCACAAACAGGAAUUUACUCGUUCAGCGCGUCAAGGAAAAUCGUCUGCAGGAGGAAGUGCGGAUACUCUCAAAGCCACCAGCCAUAGCUGAUCUUGCACCUUCCAUUGCGCGACUUCUUAAACUCGAAAAGGGUACUUGUAUUAUUUGUCGAGAUGUGCAGAAACCGGGACCGGCAAUGUACAUUUGCCCUGUGGAUGCUUGUGCAAUUUGUCGGCAAUGCCAGAGUGGUAUUUCUGCCGAUCCGGAAUUUUGCGUUGCUUGUAUCGACAGAAACGAGGCCAGUAUUGAUGCUACCCUCAAAAAACUAGAACAAACGUCUAAUAGUUACGGUACUUGA